GCCAGCUCUUUCUCAACGCUGCUGUCGGGAACAAUUAAUGCCGUCAACACCGUCGCUGCCAAUCUGAAUUAAUGGCCGACCACGUCGUCCUUCCUUCCAUAUACGCGUAGAGUAUGCGUAACUGCGAAUGUGUGAAUUAUCAACUCAAUCGACGCGAUGAUUGUGGUUUUUGCCGGCCAAAAUUCGCAUCCGGAUUCUCUAUAUUGUUGCGGAUAAUUUUGUUUUGUCGAAGGAUUUUACAGCUGUGUAUUUGCUUGUAUGUAUUGCGCCGCACGUAUUCUUAUGAUUCAGAUCUUUUGCUUUUGUGUUUUGAUCAUCAUCGCUCUUUAGUAGCGAUUUUGAUUUGGAGUAUCAAAACACGCAUUAAAGGUAUUUGAUUAUAUUCCUUUCACGGUAGUUAUUUAUUUAUUUAUUUUUUUGUAAACGAUUGCUGGCGUAACUGCGAUCGAAGGUAUUUCGAUCGCAUUAAGAAUGAAUUUGAAUGCAUUGAUUGCUCAUUUGAGGAUGCUUUUUUUUUUUUUUUACCCGUUAAAUCGUAAUUUCUAUGAUUGAGCCAUUUCGAUAGCUUUGGGAUCAUACUGUGUGAAUAUAAUCAAUCCAUCAACAAUCCAUUGCAGUUUUACGUAUCUUCAGAAGGAGGAGGAGGAUAAGGGUGAAUGCUCCCUAACUUAGUGGAUGUUUGCUUCACAACUACUGAAAAUUCUCGAAACUGUUCCGAUUGAUGCAAAGGUCGAAGACCGCAUCAAGGAGGAUCUUCGGGAAGAGGACAAAACCAUGAAGGAAAAUCAGGCUGAAAAGGUUCAUGAUUCUGCCAAUUUUUGUGAAUACAAAGAACAUAUGAUUCCAGGGCACAAAUGCUUGACAAAGGUGGAAGAUUCUAGAUCUUCAUCUUCAGAAAGCACAUCUCGAGCAGAGUUAGAUUGUGAGCUGCCAGAGUUGGAGGUUUGCUACAAGGAAACUGAUCAUCAGGUUGUGAAGGACAUAUGCAUCGAUGAGAUUAGGCCUAAGAUGGACAAACGUUUGGCCUCAAACGGUGCAGGUAGACGUAUCUUUUUAAAAUCUCUAGGUGACAAAGGUGAAGACGGUGAGGUUGAGCUGGAACUUUUCAUGUCUGGGGAGUUGGAUCCGUCGCUGCUGGACGAUGAUCCAUGGAAGACAGGAGGCGAGAAUGUGGUCAAUACUUCAGAAGAUGAUUAUCCCCAUCUGGCUCAGGAAUACGGCACCCGUAGUUUCCUCAGGUCUUUUCUCACCACAUUAGACGGCGAAAUGAAGAAUUCAGUGCAACAGCCGGCGCAGGAUCAGGCCGACAAUUCAGGCAAGGAGACGAACAAUGAAAACAUGGAGCUUCCUGACAACAUAGGGUGGAGAUCAAAUGCUUCACAGGUCUUAAACCGCGAUGAGGGAGAGAUGAGCUCCUCUGCAGAAAGUUUCAUUACCUUUUCGGGACCAAUACCAUUUUCAGGGAACCUUUCUCAUCGAUCCGAUGGCAGUGCUACCAGCGGAAAGUCUUUCGCUUUCCCGGUAUUGCGAUCGGAAUGGAACAGUAGUCCGGCUAGAAUGGCGAAAGGAGGCGACGGCGACUGGAGACGAAAGUUGAAACACAAGAGCUGGAAAACACAGCUUCUUUGCUGUAAAUUCUAAACUACUCUUCUUCUUCUUCUUCUUCUCUACAGGUAUUAUUGUCUUACCUUUUAAUACCAGGUUGAAAAAUAUGCGUGUAGCUAGCUGUUGCAUGUAACAAGUUUGUUUUGAUAUCCUUCAUAUUUGAAACCAUUCAAAUAUAAAUAUUGACAGUACAUAUAAAUAUUAGGGGUGUGUUUCUUUUUGGUUGAA